AGGAGAAACUGAUGUUGACCGUAUAGCUAUCGAGCGUGGUGUGAGUUGAUCGAAUUUGGAGGGUGAUGUGCCGAUUGAGUAACUUCGAUAGCGGUGGAAUCCGAAUUUUUUCUUGAGUUUUAUUCCACAAGCUUUUGGAGUAAAACUUAGGACAUUGUCGGAAUUUGACGAGAAAAACUUUGUCUCAACAAAUGCGUUCAAUUGGACGCCAAAGGUGUAUUUGUAAGUAAUUGUCUCGGAAUGAUUUCACUUGAAUGACUCACGCGUUAGGGGGACGCAAUUGGUGCCGAACUGUCGCAUUGGAUUUAUCCUUCGAAAGACGGGAUAUUACCGUAUUAAGGCUCUGUACAUCUAGGAGUUAGUUGAUUUCUAUAUUUGAAGAAGUGGUAUCGCCACUUACUGGUUUUAGGAUUGCAUUUGGAACAGAAUUUGGUUUCUCUUAAUUAGUCACAUUUGGGCAACGUCGGCCUUCGUAGGGCUCUCCAAUUCCCCUUGGCUGCUCGAUUAUAGUGUGAACUGGACAAAGCUCUUCAUGGUCUACCAGCAGUAUCCCUAUUGACCUGUCCGGAUAUCAUAUUCUAGAUACCGUGGAGCUGGAUUUGGUUCAACUUUUCUUGAGAUUGUAGGUUUCUGAUAAAUAGGGAAAUUCUGGCAGCCUUUAGAUUCGGAGUUGGGCUGGCUUUUAUUUGAUCUCUUUCUCUAAGAUACUGUAAUGCUGAACUGGUGAGAGAAGAGAGCAGUGGAGGUUUUUCUAUAGUUUGUUGAUGUAACUGGCGGAAUCGGAGUUAAUCCAGUGCCUCAGCUUACUCCAGAUGUACAACAAGUAGUCUUUGGCUCACUUGUCCACAGGGCAGUGAUGAGCAGAUGAUUGCAGGACUGUUGUUUUGAUCUCCACCUUCUUACAGUUACAGCCAUGGAUUCAUCCGGUUUCGGAAGGGCGGUUGCUGUUCCAUUGGCGCCGCGCCAGGGUGUAGUGUUUGGGAAAGCAGCUGCGGCAGGGAAGCCUGGAGCUGGAACGACCGGAGCGAAAGCUGGAACUGCAACGGCUGGAGGAAAGGUUGCUGGUGGAUCGGGUCCUGGAUUUGGAGCUGGACCAAGCAGGCAGGCACUCAAGGGUGCCAGACCUGGUGCUCAGGGUUUUAACGCGGAAACUGAGCAAAAUGUUUACAAAAGGAGGCCCAGCCCUACUCGCAUGCGUAAUGCACCUCCAGCUGGGGCUCAUCCUCCUGUUAAACAAAGUACAGUGGGAGCAAUCUUAAGUGAUGCCGAGAUGUUAAGAGAAGCAACUGCAAAAGCACAGAGACUUCUACGCUUUUCACAAGGUCAAGAAACUCCCGAUAUUGUGCCACAGCCAAAUAUUACCCGUGGCUCGGGGAAGGCUGAUCAUCGGGUCCCUAACCGAGAAUCUAGGCAGUUGAACCAAAGCCCGAAACCUGUAGGAGACAGCUCUCAGAAUGACACUAUGGAAACAGAUGCCCUGGGGGAGGACUUUAACAACACGGAAGCAAUUGUCGGGACCUGCGAGGAUAUGUGCUCAGAAAUCGAACGACAUGAACGUGAGAGAAAAGGUGAUCUCGACAAAUUUGAAAGAGUAGAUGGGGACCGUAAUCUUACAAGCGCUGACUUGGCAGUGAAGAAGUACACAAGGACUCCUUCUCGGGAACCUCAUUUGAUUCGUCCACUUCCAGUUCUUCAAAUGACAAUGAACUAUUUGUUGUCCUUGAUCAAUCAAGGUUAUGAUGAAGGGCUUUUGAGACUCCAUAGUUUUUUAUGGGAUAGAAUGAGAGCGGUGCGCAUGGACUUACGUAUGCAACACAUAUUCAACCGUGAAGCCAUCACUAUGCACGAGCAGAUGAUCCGAUUUCACAUUCUUGCGAUGCAUGAGCUUUGUCAGUAUAAGAAAGGGGAAGGUUUCAAUGAAGGUUUCGACGCCCAUCUAAAUAUUGAGCAGAUGAACAAAGCCUCUGUAGAUCUCUUUGAAAUGUAUGAUGAUCAUCGAAAAAGAGGAAUUCAAGUGGAAACAGAGGCAGAGUUUCGAGGUUACUAUGCUCUUUUGAAGCUUGACAAACACCCAGGGUAUUCUGUUGAACCUGCGGAGCUAUCUUUGGACCUUGCAAAAAUGACACCAGAGAUGCGAAAUACUCGCCAAGUAUUGUUCGCUCGGGAUGUUGCCAGGGCAUGCCGUGGGGGUAAUUAUAUUGCAUUUUUCCGUUUAGCGAGGAAGGCCACAUAUCUUCAAGCAUGUCUCAUGCAUGCUCAUUUUUCGAAGCUUCGAACUGAGGCUUUAGCAAUGCUUCAUAGCGGUCUACAGAAGAAUCAGGGCGUUCCCGUCACACAAGUUGUUAAGUGGCUGGGUAUGGAGAGUGAAGACAUUGAAACUUUGGUGGAGUACCACGGCUUCAGUAUAAAAUCCUUUGAGAAAGAAUAUGUUAUAAAGGAUGGCCCUUUACUCAAUCGGGAUGCAGAAUACGAAACGCGCCGUUCACGUCUAGUGGAAGCAAAACGGUCUUCUACUAUUGUCGAGGACGUUGAAGGUAAGGGGCAACAACAGCCUGUAGUCGAUAGUUGGGUAGCUACCCCGAUGACACCUGGUAUACAAGAAGAAGAGAUGGCUGAUUAUGAAGAUGAUGAUCUGCUCUCUGUGGUGGAGACGCCUGAAGUAUCUCCAGUGCAGCAGCUUUGGACUACACCACCAGGACGAUCCAGUCCAGGUGCCAGUCGAGAAGCUGAGGACAUGCGCAUCUCCCCUCCCUACAAAUCAAUAUCUCCUCUUAACGGUGGCCAGGCGAUGCCAUCCGCAAAUAUUUUUGGUUCAAAUCGUAUACCGUUGUGGCCCACCCCUCAACAAAUUCAUUUACUGCCCACCCCCCCCACAGAAAUUCUUAGUCCACAGAGGGGCCGGAAGCGGGAAUCGUACCCAGGGCGACUAACUCAAGACAAUGACUUGAAGGAGGGGCAUAAGAAAUUAGUUACUGCAGAAGGAGCUAUUGAUGUGGAACCAGAGGAAGAAGUAGAUGAUUUACCUGAGACUGGCCCUACUUUAGAGGAGAUUAGGGCACAAAAAGUGCUGGAGUGGGAAGUUGAAGAGGCUGAGAGGGAAAAAGAAAGGGAACGUGAGAGGAGGAAACGCGCAGCAGAAGUAGCUGAAGUUGCUGCUGCAAACUGGGCAGCCAAGCUUGCUGCUGAUGCUGAAUUGAAAAGACAACGUCAGGAAGAGCAAAGACUAGCUACCUACAGGGCAGAGGCAAGCGCUGGAAAGAAACGGCUUUGGCUUAGACGAUGGAAACGCAGGGCUGCCAUCAUGGCAGAGGAGAAGCGUAGGCGCAAGAUUAGAGCAGAGGCUGCAUUGGGUUCUCUGUCUGUUGGGUCCCCUUUAGUUGGUCCCAAAUCUGAUAAAGAAGGCGCACUUGUUGCACAAGCAAGCGGUGGACUCGCAUCAACGUCGAUGGAUGAAGUUACGAGGGUGCGCUCGGAGAAAAUUCAUGAGAUGUGGAAACCCUUAGAUGUGGCAUCACUGGUGCUUCCGUUGUUUGAACAUAUGUUUCCUACAACGAAGUUCAUUACAUUUAAGUUACUUCUGUCAGUUGGCGAUAGAGAUCCCUCUAAUGUGGCUGGGCAAUGGUUAUCUAACAAGUUGUCUAGACGCCAGCUUGUCAUCCCAGAAGUUCAUUCAGAUGGCCGCACUCCGGGGUUAUGGUUUGAAGUUACGGAUAUAGAUGAAAACAAAGAAGAGACCGCAUUGCAUGGAGCUAGUGGUCUUGUGUUCCUGGUCCGGAAGGGGCAUUCAAUCAUUGAUGAACGAGCUCGACUGCACUCAUUGGUGGAAACUUUUCCCGUUGGAGUCCGACUUCCACUUUUACUUCUUUAUUCGCCCAAAGAACGUAACAUUGAAGCAGAAACAGAGAAAUUGAAAUCUUCUCUAGGGUUGUUUGAUUUUGAAGGACUUCGAAUAGGUUGGCAAAACGUGUCACCUGUGUCAUCACGUAAUGAUGGAGGUUUUUACAGUGAUGGGUUUAUUUCUGGAGGUUUGGUAUGGCUAGCUAAUAGUGCUUCUGGUCAGCCCAACUUACGUCCUAUCCAUGUCCGCGAAUUAGUAUCAAACAACUUAGAUGGCCAUGGUAAGAUUCUUUUGGCUAGUUCCUCUACAAAUGUGACUCCUGAGCGUUGCAUAAGUAUCUUCAAUCGCUCAUUAAAGUCAGCUGCUAUGGAAAUUCGCAAAGCUGUGGGUGCUGCACCACCUCAUUGGCCACCUCCUGAGGCUGAAUCUGAAGUGAGGGAUGUGCUACCUGGAGUUUUGCCUCAGCAAGGAUGGAAUGAACCAGAUCUGUUGGAUCCAAUUUUUAAGGCUCUGCAUUUGGCUCAGUUGCCCAGAUUUCCUCUGAUUGAGCAGCUUAAGCCAAGCUCUCCCACAAGUGCGUGGGAGAAUGUGCGGUACCAAAAGGCAGCUGUGGAAAGGGCUUUGCAAAAAUACCUUGCUUCUGUUGAUAAACUAAAGGAAGACGAUCCUGUCCUUGUCCGCCAAGUACAGGUGAUGGUGCAAAGGAAUAGCUCUCUUGAAUGGACUGAUUCAGGACGUGUGCUGGUUCCUCGUUGGGCGAACAUUUUUCAAGCCAUCUAUCAAACUCGUUUGCUACUACUCAACAGCGAGCCGCCCCCAACUGUCUACAUUGUAUCAAAAGAUGAGGAGGUGGAGCGACCAUUGGAACUGGAUGAAGUGGAACAGCUCAUUCCUUUUGCAAAAGAAAUUGCCGCUGGGACCCCCUUUGGCAGGACGAGGCAAGUUAAUCUCGUAUUUGACGACAGAGAGGAGCAACAAGAAAGGAGCAAUCUUCAAGAGAAGCUGACUUUAGCCAAGUCAUACGCAGAUCGGAUUAGGUUUGAAGAACAUGAGAGCACGAUUCUAUCAACAGAACAUGCAACUCCACAGAACAUGGAGGAUAUGUCACCUUUCGUGGUGCAAGGAAACACCUGGUCAGUAUUUGCACCGUCUUUAGAGUCCUGGCAACAAGAUCCAUCUGCUUCCUUGAAGAAGAGGCGAUUGGGAACUUCUUUUGAGAAUGCCAUCGAGCCUCUCCACACAAAUUUAAUCAAUUCUGGAGCAUCCACUAUGUGGACAGAGACCACUGGUGUUAGUGACUUACAGGCCACUGGAUCUCCUGGUUCUUCACCGCUUGAAAAUAGUCUCGGCCAUAAAGUCUCUGGGACAUUUAAAAUUCCUCGCUUACCAUUGGAAAUAGAAAUAGACAUCAUGUUCACGAAGCUGGACAGUAACUUUGACCGUGCACUACGUCGGGCCAGCUCAGAUAUGUGCUUCGCUGACACCCGGUUGGGAGCCGACUUCGACGCUGAAGGCGCUUCUAACGAGAGGAGUUACUUUGAUACUGAAGGUAAUAUAUCUUAUGACAGGACCGUAGAAAGGAGGGAGAGUGGGCACACUAAACCAUGUAUAUCGAUUACCAGCAGUGGCAUGGAAAGUAUUGAUGAUAUGUUGGAAAGGUGCUGGAGAGCUCAGAAGAGUAUUGAUCGAAAACUUGAAUAUACAUUUGGCAUCGCUCAUGUCUGAGGGAUGUCAUCUAAAUCGUUGGCCACCCACAGUUUUCUUUUGACGUAUGAUAUCUUUUGAGAUCUGCUCUAAUGAGACUACUACCUUGCAGAAUAGAUGAAAAAAGAAAUUGUGAGAUUAUCUAGGGAUUAAUGAUCUUGUAAAAUUCGUGGGCUGCAAGGGUAGAAUCUUGGAGAUCAGAAGUAGUUCAUCAUGUAUACUUAUGUAUUAAACCAUGAAUGCAUUAUUCUCACUGUGCAGUUCCCUUUUAGUUA